GAGAAUAUGAUAGGACAACCAAGGUGAGGGGAACAAACAUUUGUAAAAAAAUUCUGCGAUUAAAACCCGGAUAUAAGUUUAAAGUCAUUUUCUAUCAAAAUCGAGUCGUUGGGUCGAAUCACAUCUUAUUUACGAGACACUUGGGUUUGCUAGUUCAUGAUCGUAAUAUGUGCCCAUUGCGGGUACACUCACAGAUGGAUAUCGAAGAGCACAAGCUUGAGCAUAUGUGGGCAGUUGUUACAGUAAGAAUUACAACAUUACCCCUAAUAUCUUCCAAUUCUUUGCUUUCCAUGUGUAGUAUAUCAUUACAUCCCAUAUUGCUACCUAGAUUUUCUGUUCUGUUUGCUUCCAUUUUCUUGUUCUAAGCAAUUUUUUCUAGUUUUCCAAUCAGAGGAUAAAUUUAAUUACGCUUUGUUUGAAUAAAUUUUUUCCAAGUAAGAUAUGCUUCUCAAAGACUGGUUUGGAUCCCUAUAACUCCUUUACUCCUGGUGGCUAAUUACGUAUGUUUCACUCUGUCAACUAGUACUUUAUGUUUUGGUAGUAAUCAAUUAUCCAGUAUUUAGGGAUGUUAACAUUCUUCGAUAUAUACCAACAACAAUAUGUAGGUGGUAUGUGAUCUCAUGUAUGGACAUAUUACUUCAUAUACACUGCAUGUGUCCAUGUUAUCCCAAACAAUCCCAUGUGUCUUUCUAUUAUUGGCAGUACCUCCCCAUAUAAUAUUCUGAUGAUACUUUUCUCCGUUUCAAGAAAAGUUUGACUGUGAUAACAUGACUGAUCAAAGAGAUAAUGUUUUGAAACAUAUGAGAAAACUUUGGAACAAUUGUAGAGGAUCUCCGCACAAGAAUAUAAAAUCCAAAUCAUUGCACCAGUUUCUGAAAGAUGUUUCAACAGGAGUAGACAAGAGUGAUUGGAAAUGGUUGGUCAAGGAACAUUUUUUAUCUGAUAAGUUUAUGGUAUGAUUUUAUAGCUGAUGAAUAUCAUUUUAUUUCCAAGUCACAUAUGAUAACUCUUUUUGAAUAGUUCUUUUGAUUAAAUGAUUUCAUUUGUGAUCAAGAGGAUGCAAAUUUAAGUAGUUACAAAAUUUAAUUUAGAAUACAAAUAGAACCAUUAAAAAAGCUUGUGAUAAUUUUAGCUUCUGUUAAUGCAGAACUCAAGUACAAGAAACACAACCAACCGGUCUAAGUUCUGUAUGCCUCAUCGUACGAGUGGCAAGCCUAUAAGAGAGAUAAUAUACAAACUAUUAAAUUAAUCAUGAAGCCCUACAAGGAAACCUCCUUUUCGUAUAGAAGAUCUUAUAGUACUUACCUUUUUCUUUUUGUUAAGGGAGGCAAAGAUGGUAAUCUACCAAACAUGGCAACUAUCUUCUUUGAGACUCGUAAAACGGGAAAUGAGCUUGUCGAACCAGAAACCAAUGAAAAAUAUGCUGAAAUUCAAGAGCUUGUACAAUUUGAACCAUCUCUUACCAAUAUUGAUGCAGUGGAACGUUGCUUUGGACCUCAAUGCAAAAGUUAUGCAGUUGGAUUUGGUGGUGGGAUAACCACGAAGGAUUUGAAAGGUGGUAUUACUUCUAAGGCUGUGUUUUGGAAGAACUGAAAACAACUCGAAAAGAAAAUGAAUCACUGCAAAAGCGUAUUAAUAUUUUAGAGAGUAAAUAUGAUCGCCUUUAAAAUUUAUUAGGUCGUCAACAUCCAUCACCUCCAUCACCUACACCAGUUUAGCAAACUUUCAUUAGAUAUGCCAUGAUGUGUACUUUUCAAUGAUUUUAGUGAUGUUAUUAACAAAUGUUCAUCUUUGGUAAGGGCUUUGCUAAUGAGUGGUUUGUCUGUCUAUUGUAAGUUGA